GCAAACAAAUCUGACCCUGGAUCAGCGCUCUCAGCCUCCCUCCAUUCUACGAGUUACACCAACUGGGAAUCCGACCAGAGGAAAUCGUGUUCAGCCAGGUCCGCACGCCAAGACACAUCCACACAGCAGACCACGGCGAGGGAACGGACGGCGAUAAGACGGGACUGGAAUCAAGGAGAGGCUGGUAGGAACAACAGAGGAGAAGGCUUUCAUGCAAAAACACAUUUAGCGUUGAGAGGAGAGCGGACUGGCCGGACCCGCAGAAGGAGAAGUGUUACGCGAAGCUAAUUUCCAACAUUUUCUAUUAUUGGCAGCGAAGAGUGUGCUCCGCGAGCCACAUUUAUAAAGAGAGCUAGCGGAAUGUAAUGCUAGCAGGCUAGCUAAUGUUAGCAAGCUAAUUAGCUUGUCAGGCAUCCAAGAGUCGGACGUGUGAUCUUUUUUGAAAUAGGUCACUGUUUCGCGUCAUUUUACUUUUUGGGAAUAGCUCUGCCUAUUGUGCUUUAUCCAUACUCUUUGCAUAAUGUUCUGCCUCGAUUAGCUAAAGCCAAGUUAGACAAUAAACCCUGAAAGCUGUCUACAUUGAUGAUUUGCUAAAAAAAAAAAAAAAAAAAUCAGUUCAUUAUUAUCCAUCUACGUGUUUUGGGAAAAGGCUCAUCCAGUGUGAAUUCUGAGCUGUGGAUAAAUUGAAGCGGAAAAACAAAAGGGUACAAAAACAGAGACUUUUGACUGGUGACUGUCUGCCGUCCAAUGUUAAUGUCGACCGACGUUGCAUCUAUAAUGCUACCCGUUAGUCGGGGAAUAAUGGACCGGGAAAGAGACAUUGAUACAGCGGCCGGACCUCAUGCCAGUGCGGCCGGGGUUCCAGCGGCUGUCCGGGGAAUGAAACGAGGAGACCCGGAGCCCGACGCUCAGACAGCCGCUACCCUGACCGACUUGGCCGGGGCGGAGUGCAAAAGACCAAGGAUAGACGGGACCGGCACUGUUGUUGGUGACAUUGGACAGAACAAUGAGCCGUUAAACCCAGGUUUCCAUGGAUACCCACCUCACAGUCAGGGCUCCCAGGAUUCGACAGGAGGACAGGAGGGCUUGGUGGCCCCGCCUUUUACAGCGUUCCCCCCUCCACCCCCUCCUCAAAACGGCCUACCUGGGACAGAGUUUGGCCCCGGGGCCAUGUUUGGUGCUGCAGGCCAAGGUACAGCAGAGAUAGGGGCUGGUGCUAACGGAGCCUCCACGACUGCUACCACAACCAACAACAAUGGAAAGGCGGAGGAGACGCCCCAGGGGGAGGCGGGUGUACAGUGCGGUACAGGAGGUGCAGGAGCAGGAGGCUCUGCAGGAGACUCAUCAGAGGCCAAAGGAACCCCCAAACGCCUCCAUGUCUCGAACAUCCCCUUUCGCUUCAGAGACCCAGAUCUCAGGCAGAUGUUUGGGCAAUUUGGGAAGAUUCUGGAUGUAGAGAUUAUUUUCAAUGAGAGGGGUUCAAAGGGUUUUGGCUUCGUGACAUUUGAGAACAGCGCAGAUGCAGAAAAAGCCAGGGAAAAGCUUCACGGCACACUGGUGGAAGGUCGUAAGAUUGAGGUGAAUAACGCCACAGCUAGGGUGAUGACUAACAAGAAAAUGGUCAGCCCCUAUCCUAAUGGAGAGGCCCUCAGCACACUGCCUUAUGCGGGGUGGAAAUUGAGUCCGAUGGUGGGAGCUGUGUACGGCCCAGAGCUCUAUGCAGUCCCAGGGUUUCCCUACCCGUCAGCAGCAGCAGCCGCCACUACAGCAGCGGCGGCCGCCUUCCGUGGCGCCCACCUCCGAGGCCGAGGCCGGCCUGUGUACAGCACCGUGCGGGCUGCAGUGCCCCAGCCCGCCAUCCCUGCCUACCCCGGCGUGGUGUAUCAGGAUGGUUUUACGGAGCCGCAGACUUAUAUACUAGUGUUUCAGGACUCAGUCCUUAGUCCCAGAUUGCCUCAGGGAGGUUACCCUGCUGCUGCUGCCGCUGCCGCUGCCUAUCGCUACGCCCAACCCGCUGCCGUAACCGGAGCAACCGCCGCUGCCGCCGCCUACAGUGACAGUUAUGGCCGGGUGUACACUACAGAUCCCUACCACGCUUUAGCUCCAGCUGCUGCCGCCUACGGAGUGGGAGCCAUGGCCAGUUUAUACCGGGCAGGAUACAGUAGAUUUGCUCCUUACUAAAAAAAAAAAAGAGAGAAAAAAAAAUCCCCACAAAUCACACCCAAGGAAUUUCACAUCGCUCCAAAACCCCCUUUUUUUCAAGCUCUUUCACUGGCAGGAGCUCGCUUAAAUUUUUUUUUUUCUGCAGGCGGACUAUGGCGACAACUCACAUGUUAUAUUUUUUCCUCUAUUUUUUUCCCUCUGUGUUUUUUUAUGGCAAGAGCAGAGGUCACAUCGCCACAUCACCAACUUGAGUAACUUCUUCUCUGUCUGUUACGGACACAGAGACAACGUGGAAAAAAAGCCAACCUGCCAGGAGUGUCUCCCACGUCAAACUAUCUGGAGCGUACUGUUGUGAAUAUCAGAUGGGGACAUUUUUAUUGAAAACGGGACCCGGAAGGAAAGUGACUUCUGUUCCUGUGUGAUCCUGCACACUACAAUUCUUGUUUUUCCUCGUUAAACUUAACACUAUAUCCACUGCCCUAUAAGAAGAAGAAAAAUAACGCUACAUACACACCUCCCUUUAUACAGUCUCCUCAACAUUUCCUCUAGUCUUGGCGUGUACAGGACGAUACUGUAAAGACAAAGCCAAACAGCCCGACGUUCCACAGAAAAGGUACUUCUGUUCUUAAACACUACAUCACACGCAUCCCUCUUGGUGUAAUAUUGAAAAAAACAAGUCACGCAUAAAAGAUGUAGGAAUUAUUGUUGUGAACACUCAGCCGGAGGGAGCAGCUGACUGAUAGAAACCACUGUUGUCCUGGUAACAGCAAUUGCAGCAUGGGAAUAUGGGAAAAGUUUUAGUUUUUCCUUGAUUUUUUUUUUUUUUUUUUUUUUUUUUUUACCCUACCGGUUGAAAAACUUUGCCCAAGAACUAAAGGAAACAAAAAAAAAAGAAUUGAAAAUGACAAGGAAUCAAACCAAGUGAGUUGUUUUUCUGCAUUACCUCAGUUCAGUCUCGAUAUUUUAAUUGCUGUCAUUGAUGAACACGUGCAGCACAAACAUGGAAUCGUGGCGACACAUUUGACCUUCCUCCUGUGUCUGUCUGAAGAACUCGGCGCCUCCCUUCUAAGGCUCAUCCUCCAUGUUUUAGUACCUUCCUGCUCCUCGUCAUUUUUCCCCAAAAAAGGACUUGGUACGUCGCUUGCUCCCUCCCCACCUCAGACAUUCCCACUAACAAUGAAGCAGUGAAUGAACAGAGAGGGAGAGCGGGGGAGGUCAGAUGGACAGAAGAAAAGCCAUUAAAAAAAAUAAAAAAUACACACAAAUGAACUAGAUUGGAGAACACCCACGCGAGGAGGCUAAUCAUCAUCUGCCAGUCAGCCGAAUGGGAAUCACUUCUGGCCGAUGGAGAUAUUUCUGCCUACAGGCUUUCAGGCGACGAGCUGCUUCUUAGAACGGCCCGAUUUAGAACCAGUGAAGCCCAUUAAAACAAAAGAUCACACUCAUGUAACAGUGUCUUCAACUUAUCCUCAGAGUCAUUAUUUUAACGAACAAAGCUAUUCACCGGUUUUAUAUUUAUGUCUCACACUUCUAGCGUGACAGGACACAGUAUUUAGUGAUUUUAAGUCCUUCAUCAUCUUCAUCAUCAUCAUCAUGAGAUUGUUUUGGUCCAAAAUGUUCUCCAGCAAAAAGACUGACAAACUAUUUCCAAUUGUCUGUCCUAUGUAUUACAUCUCCACAUGUAACUUACUCUCAUCACUAUGUUGUUUAUUCUCUUAUGUUGCCUUUUUGGUUCCAAAGAUUUUCUGAAGAAAGCACAUUUAUUAUUUUUUUUUUUUUUUGUUAUAAUGUAUUUCUUAUUAUUGUGGUUACUUUUUUGCCUUCACUUCUUUGUUUUUUUGUUUUGUUUUUUUUUUUCUUAUCUGUGGGUGAAGCAGCAUGGGACAUGUCACUGAAGCAGCGUCUACACAUAACAAAAAAAUUAUAGAAGUAAAAGGUUGCAGAAAUUUACCAAUUCUGAGUUGCAUCCAUACAAAAGCAAACCCUCUGAUCUCAUUUUAAUAAUCAUCCUUUUUGUGUGAACACAUGAACACACUGUGGCUGCAGAGUGGGGUUUUUUGUUUGUUUUUUGUUUUGUUUUUUUACUUGUGCAGAGAAAGGGAAAAUCCGAGCCAUGAGGGAUAAACACACACAGAAAGAGAGCAGAAAGGAGUUUUUUUUUUUAUUAUUAUUAUUAUUGUUAUUUCUAGCCAGUAAAUGGGCAAAAUUGUCCACCUCAGUGUGGACAGAGGGCGCUUUGGCCCAGCAGUGUCCACCUUUUGAACAAUGAAGCAAGGUGUGGGUGGUUUGUCAGGGGACGUUCAGAUGGUGAAGGUGAGAAGCUGAGCCAUUAAUCAUUAGCUGGCAGGACAACACCACACCCCCCUCACACACACACACACACACACACACACACACCGCUGUCUUCUUUUUUUUUUUUUUUUUUUUUUUCUUUGGUUUUUUUGUUUUAUGGGAGGGUACAGUGCGCUCAGGGUAGAGCGGACAAGAAGGGGGGGGAUGUUUUGUACGAUUGUGAAACUGUGUGCAGUAGGUCCAAUGAGUGUUUUUUUUUUUGACACGUAUACCUCUUUUUUUUUCUUUUUAUUCCUUACAAGUAUUAUCAGAAGUGUUGCUAUGCAUGCUUUUGUGAGAGAGGAAAAAGGGGGGGGGGGGGGGGUUCAUUGUGCAUGAAUUUAAAAGAAAUCAUAGUGCUGGAAAAGAAAGGUGGAAGGUGGAGGACGGAUGUGUGUAUGUGGAGGCCGGGGUGUGUUUACAAAGCAGGAGGAAAGACAAAACGUGUGGAUUCCAAGUGACAUGAGCGGCAGAGGUGGGGGUGGGGGGGUAGUCGGUUUAUGGCCCCCCGCCUCAAUAACCUGGCUUAUGUGCACUCUGUGCCGCUGCGGUCUUAGCAGAUGCGUAAAGUUUAAUUUGAUAUCUGCGAACCUCUGUGGAUUUGUUUUAUACUGAAAGUAAAAUCAGCACUCGAAGAGGCAUUUAAAAAAAAAAGAAAGAAAGAAAGAAAGUUGGGGAUGUAAAACCAGGCAGCAGCUGAGAUUUUACCAAGUA